AGUCCGAGGGAAUGCGAGAGUAAAAGUUUCCUCGUUCCAUCGCGAUUUCUGCGAAAUUUUGAGUUAUUCCUUACAAAGAAGUAGGCCUUAAAAUGACGGAUGAAAGCACGACAGCUCGAAGGCUUGUACUCUUAUCCAGAGCAUUUUUGUAGUGGUAAAGCGUUCAUUUGCGUGACUGGAAGACAGUGAAUUACCGAUGUUUGAUUUCAGAUUUGCAACUCGCGGAAAGAAUCAACGGCAGCGAUUGUAAUCUUUUAUUUGAGUCACUUUCACCCACACAUAUGGCUAAGAUAUCGUUGAUCCCACUUUAACUCCAACAUGAGCGAUGCGCUUUUGGAAACGAUCUGCAUUAGUGGCACGAGGCCGCCAUACAAGAGGCCGGCUUGGGUGAUCGGCCAAGUUGGAAGCGAAGAGUUGCAACGUAGCGGUAGGGCGCAAACAGCUACACCAAGAGAGUCGAGAGACAAACAGAUCCACUCAUCGACCGAGAACAGGAGGCCAAAAUCAACACCCUGCAGAUUGAAUGUCAGCUUCAAUGAAUUCCCAAAUGCAAGGUGUUCCAGAUGGAGACAAGUUUACAGUGCAAAACACAGGAAAUCACUAGAAGAACCCUCCAGUGAUGAUAACAUGACAAUAACAUUAGCACCUGGGUAUGUGUUAUCAAGAAGUAAAGAGAAGAUAAAUGUAACAAUAACAGACACCUUUUUCAAGGAAGGUACCACAAAGCAGGUAGCUGACUGCAUGCACAUGUGUACAGGUUCAUGUCAGACAGCUGAGAUUUGCAGUGUGAUAAUUGUUUUAAACCACUUUUGUUAUGGCACUGUACUCUGUAAUUUGAUGGCAGAGAACUUUUUGAUAUUUUCCCAACAGGAUAACAUGACAAUAACAUUAGCACCUGGGUAUGUGUUAUCAAGAAGUAAAGAGAAGAUAAAUGUAACAAUAACAGACACCUUUUUCAAGGAAGGUACCACAAAGGCAAAGACAAGAAAAAAUAGAUACUCAAAGAUAUUAAAGAAAGCAAAGAAUAAGGAGGAAGUUGAAAUUAAUCCCCUGAUGCAGUGCUACAUGCCUCAUCUGUCCAGAUCGCAGCCUCCCAACGAAAAGGACAUUGUUAUUCAACAACUUCGUCAGCAGAUUGAUGACUUGACACUGAUUUGUGAAGAAGAAAGGUUAAACCACAAGAUGAACCUCAGAAAGACCGAGGAGAACCACCGUCACCAUAUUGAACAGAUUCACGAUGAACACAGAGAGCAUAUUAAAUCAAUAGAGAACGACCACGAUGAAGAAUCAGAGAAGUUAAAGAACUCAUUUGAACAGAAGGAGACUGUGGCCACUGAAAUGGAUUACAAAUGGCAGAGAAGAGAGAAAGAGCUGCGAGACGAACAUGAGAGACGUACAGAAGAUGAAUUAUCCAAACAGCGAAGAGAAAUGCUUCACGAGAAAAACAAGGAAAUAGACGGCAUGAACAAAGAGUUCCAAAGACAAAUUCAGGUUUUGGUUGAAGAUCACAAGAAAGAAGUCGAUCAUCUGAUGGAAAAGUUUGCUGAGUGUGUGCAAGAUUCCGAGCAACUCAAGUCCGCCCUACUGGAGAUGCAGACUUUAAAGCAGAAAAAACAAGAACUUGAAGAGAAACUUAAAACCAAAUCAGAAAUUCUGCGAAAGACACAGAUGGAACUAGAAGACAAGGCAGUCAAAUUAGCUGCUUUUGAAGAACACUUUGCAGAAAAGGUGGAGGAGGUGGACAAUAGGUAUUCUAUGCGAAUGCAAGGCCUGAUGUCGGACAAUACAGACUUAAGGCGUCACUACAUCAAGAAAUGUGAACAGUUUUUCAAACUGAAGACGGAACAAGAUAUAGAACAAGAAAGUUUUAUUCGCACGGCCAAGAGCACAAUGCAGGCCGUUAUUCUUGCUCGAACAAGAUGUGACGUCAGUCUAACAGCACUCCGAGACGAAAGCCCGGAUAAUAUUCAAACCUCAGAACUGAGCAUUCGCACAAAGCGACCAAUGAGCGCCCCGGGAACCAGAGAUGAAAUGUCCACAGCAGAAAAAUUGACCUCUGUAGUCAAUGAAAAUACAUCGCCAGCAACAUCACCGAGAAUUCCUGCCCAGAAGUCGGAACUAAACAAACUAAGACCUCAUACAUCACAUCACGCCAGCCUGUUCAGCCCCAGGAACGCUCGCUUUGGAAUCCGAGAGAGCCUGGUACCAACACCGGUGAAUGUUUCCAAUCUAGGGAUACAAAAUCUGCGUGCUCAAAGGGAAUUUUCAAGUUGACUUUGUCAAACAUUGUAUGAAACACGGGUCUAUUUAUGAAUUUCGGUUAUUUAUUAAUGACUGAUGAAAUUUUGUGCGCAGUUAACUGCGCUUGUAUUUCUUUCCAUCACAUAAACAUGGUACUGCAGACAUUGAAGUUAAGAUAAUCGCACCGAGUUUUUAACUUGAAGAUAGCAAUUUCUCGCGCGACUGAGUAUCGCUCUCGCGUUCACCAAAUAGAGAAAAACGGGUCGAUUAUAAAGAUACGGUAAAUACGAAAAAGCUAACACGAAGAAGGAGCUAAGAAAGUAUUUGGAGGAAAACAAACGUUUCAAGAAAAAAAA